AGCGAUGUCUCUUUAAAUGCGGGAGCGUGUGUAAUAAAUGUGGCUGUGGUUGGGUUUCUUCAGCUCUGCCGGUUAGUUCGCAUGAUAUCUGAUAAACCCGAGCAACGCGCAGCAGGCGCAGUUCAAAACAGAACACUCUGACAAACAAACAGAGCGUUUUACGUUUCUGCAGGACGGAAAUAACGUAUUUGGCGUUCUAUUCGGAUUCCGGAGCAACAUUAUUUUUUUCAGCAUGUCAGUGAAGCUUUGAAGAACUUUCUGCUUGGAAACAUCAGGUGUGAUAGGACUACUAACCGCCUGGUGCAACAACGCGAAUCACUGGAUACACAGACUGAUGUAACCUCGGACUAUCCCACACAACAACUCUUCUUAUGUAAAGUGCUUUGUUUUGGUCUGUAAUUGUGAUGCGCGCGGAUCUGGCAUAUGCAGCGUUAGUAAGCAACUCUCUGCGCAGACGGAGCAUCGCAGUCAGUCUACUUCCAGAUGUCCACCUCUCUCUGCUCGUAACAGGUGGAGCUCGUUUCACUCCAUCUGUCCGCUGCUGAAGUGGCAUAUAUGGGCAACCAGGUUGACAAACUGUCACACCUAAGUUACGCCGAAGUUCCCACGACCGACCCUAACGGACUGGACACGGAGGAAGACGGCCCGCGGAUCGGGGUCUCGUACAUUUUCGCCACCGACGACGACGAACUGGAAGAUAACCAUCACCAGCCUGUUGAUGGACCGGAGCAGGAAGAAGAGAAGCGCUACAACGAGCUGGACUGCGCUGUGUACCACCGAGACGAGUGCAUUUAUGAGAGAAGCAGCAACACUACGGAACUGGAGACGUUCAGCCCGGAGAAUUUAUUGAACAGAUGUAAGCCCGGGGACGUGCUGGAGUUCAUGUGCGCCGGUCAGUACCCGCACUGGGCUGUGUACGUGGGGGACUUCCAGGUGGUGCACCUGCACCGGGCGGAGGUCAAGAACAGUUUUCUGACCGAUGCUGGUCAGGGCAGGAGGGGCAGGAUCGUAAACGAGCUGUACAAAUUCAAACCCCUCAGUCCUGACAUGGUGGUGCAGAACGCGAUGGAGCAGGUGGGGGCUAAAGACAGAGAGUUAAGUUGGAGAAAUUCGGAGUGUUUCGCCGCAUGGUGCAAAUUCGGUAAACGGGAGUUCAAGAUGGGAGGGGAGAUACGGAUAGGAAAGCAGCCGUACAGAUUAAAGCUCUUCUUGCCUGACAAACAGUUUCAUGUGCUGGAGUUUCAGAGUUUGGAGGAUUUGAUCAUGGAAAAGAGGAGAAACGAUCAGAUCGGUAAAGCGGAAGUUUUAGAGGAGUUGGCGCAUCAUUUGAGCAAUAACGGAAGUGAAGUGAACGUUCAUUGAUGUGCAACAGGUAGCGGAGAGAAAUGUAUCCCAACAUAACAUGUGCGUGAUUCUCACGAAACCCGUGCAGAACGUUUAACUGCAAAAUUAAAAUCAAAUGUUUUUUGUUCAAAGAAAAUUACAAAACUGGGACAGAUUCUGAUAGGUUUACUCCAUGAUACAGUACUAGCUCUUCAUCAUAUCACUGCGCCGCUCCCAUAGCAGAUGAUCUGCCAUGUCAGGGACUACAUCUUUUAGUGGAAGGAUAUUACUUAAUUUAAUAAUGAUAAUAAAAGUUUAAAUAAAAAAAUGUGUCCUCGAUAUUUUUAAUUUGUUGCAUCCGUCUUUAUAAAAACAAUUAAUCACUAGGCCAUGCUGCAUUGUGAAUAUAGUACUGGCUAAAAUAAUCAGCCCAUAUUGACAGUUUAUAGCACAUGAUGGGUUUAUUGGUUAAGAUUGUUUUUUUUGGAUUGUAACUUAUUGUGAAGCGUUCUUUUCAAAACAAUUAAGCAAAAUUCCCAUUGCUUUAAUGCAAAAAUAUGUUCUUAUAGACUCUGUAAUGUGGUGAAAAUAUAUAUCACAGCAGGCUGGUAUUACCACCUUUAAAUUAUGUUGAUUUUAAUAAAAUAAAAUGCAUUGAAAAUAAUGGAAAUAGCAGUCUAGAUGUAAGCAGGUUGAAUUAUGGUAAUGAGAAUUGGGUGGUAAAACUUGCUAAACUGUCUUUAAAAUAAUGUUACAAUGAAAAACAUAUUAAUUGUCAUAAUUGUAUAGUCAUGGCCAAAAGUUUUGGCAGUGACAUUAAUUUUGUGUUUUGCAAAGUUUGCUUCUUAAGCUGUUGUGGUG